CGUUCCGAAAGCCUAGCUGAGUAUACAGACGUCUGGCCAUAGCCGUGGACUGGGCUGCCCGCUAUACGUGUCUCCUCUGGUAAGGUCCACCAUGAUGGACACGCCAAGCCUCCUGAGGGAACUUCGCCCGCAUCCCUCCAAUGUUACACGGCCCAGUGUGGGAAGGAGAAGGAACGGACGGUUGAGCUCAUGUGAACCUUGUCGCAAGUCCAAGCUCUCUUGCAACCAUGAGACCCCUUGCUCGCGGUGUCUGCGCCGGCGCAUGGGGGACCAGUGUGUCUAUCACCCGCAUCCUCUCGAACAGAACAAGUCGGCGCCACCUGAUUCGGGACGCCUAGCCACUCCGGUCUCUUCCACCUCGGACACCCCUACGAGCGAACACACCCGCUCCAUCCCCGUCUCAGAGGCCAUCUCGCCGUCCAUCUCCGACUCUGACGAGCAGGCCAUCCACAACGAGCACAACCCGGGCUAUGUCGGUGUGACCUCGUACUCGACGAUAUUCUCCGACGGGUUCGCCGACCUGACGGUGGAGCCGUCCAACGACCACAAGUGCAAGAUCCAGGAGUCGGUGACGGAGAAGAACAUGGAGCGGAGCUGCGAGGUGCUGUCGUUCCUGCAGAACCGGGCGCUGGUGGACGACUUUGCCGACAUGUUCAACCAGCUCGAGGAGGACGGGGGCCUGCUGGGGCGGCCGAUCCUGGAGACGUGGCAGAAGGGCAUGUGGGAGACGCACGGGGAGACGCUGGCGCGGCAGGACCGGGGCGAGGUGCGCAAGCUUGCGCGGCUGCUGUGGGACAACUCGCACAGGCUGCCGCCGAUGAGCAAGGACAUGUCGGCGCGGCAGUGGGCCGAGGGGGACACGGGGAUGGGCCUGCGGUGGGUGACGGUCGGGCUGAUCGCGGCGAUGGUCGGGCUCGCGGCGCAGCAGGUGCUCGAGACGCACGUGCUGUUUCGCAAGCACCGGGUCGAGCGCAAGGCGCUGCUGGGCCAGAUGGGCGCCGUCAUGAGCAGCUGCCUCGACUUCUACCGGCAGUGCGACAUCAUCGACCUGCGCCUCGCGUGGCUGGUGCUGGCCAUGAGCCUCAUGCCCUCGCCCAACAAGGGCACCUUCAGCUACGAGUCGUACCGCGAGUCGAGCGAGCUCAACGACAUCAUCAUCACCAUGGGCCUCCACCAGCCCCCGCGCACAGAGGUGCCCCUCUUCCACGCAGAGCUGCGCAAGCGCACCUUUCUCUGCGCCUACGCGCGCGAGAUUGCCACCGCCACCUUCCUCGGAAGGCCCCCGCGCCUCUCGCACCGCUACAGCACCGUCGAGGCCCCCUACGACCUCAGCGACGACGAGCUCUUCCUCGACCCCCCAGAGCUCGCAAAGGUCAUCGCAAACCUCGACCCCAUGGGCUUCAACCGCGAGGGCAAGUUCCGCCGCUCCGCCUACGAGCGCGGCUGGAUCUCGGUCACGACCACCCGCGAGGACAUCCUCGACCUCGCCCUGGGCAAAUACACGCCCGAGGAGACCAUUGCCGCCGCCGCCCGCAUCCAGCGCACCUUCCGCGACACCUGGGCCACCUACCCAGAGUACAUCACGCGCGUCUGCACCGAGAAGCUGACGAUGCUCCGCGAGCGCCAGGUCGCAGAGAACCUCACGCCCCUCCAGACCCUGCUCCAGUACAGCGCCCGCCAUGUCAGGUUGUCGACCGAGCUGCUCCUCCAGCUCGUCCUCAUCCGCAAGGUCAACUCGCACUCCUCCAAGGUCAACAACAGCACCGCCACCGCCGCCUCCAGCCAGAUCCCAGAGAUCAAGCCAGACACCAUGAUCCGCAUCGCCUCGGACCUGCUGUCGGGCUGUCUCGACCUGUCGCAGAACAAUGUCCUCAUGUACAACUUCCCCCAGGACAUCUCCGCCUUCCUGGGCAGCCAGGGCAUGCGCGCUGCCGCCAUCGUGGGCGUCGAGCUGCUCAAGCAGGAGCAGCGCCUGCAGCGGCUGCAGAUGCAGGGCCUGCGCCUCGCCGAGCCGCCCCUCCUUCCGCGCAGCCGCACCAUCCAGGACCUUGCCGUCUUCGCCUCCAGGCUCGAGGCCGUGGACCCUUCAGAUGGCAUGUCGGCCAUCUGUACGCAGGGCCGGAAGGUCAUCGGGAGGAUACUGGACAAGUUGCUCACGCCCGAGUUCAGCAGUGCCGGAGUGCCGGUGUCUCUGAGCAACGGCGGCGGCGGCGGUGGUGAUCGGAAGCCACCUUCCUCAGCAGCAGCCGAGCCAUCAAAUUCCCAGCACCAACACCAACAACAAAGAGGAUCUCUGCCAUCGCAGACGCAAGCCUCCCCCCAGCAUCAGCCAAGCGCUGCUGCUCAGGCAUACAACCACACCGACAGACAGAAGCAAGAACAAUCAAGCCUGCCACGCUCGGCGGCGUCCUCGAUUGCCGCCCCGAGCCAGUCUCUGCACAUCCACCCCAGCGUUCUGGGCAUCAACAACUCCGCUGCCGCUGACCACAUUCACGACCCGGCGCCCUCCCCGCUGGCGACCCUAGCCAACGCCGCGGCCGUUGACGCCUCGUCGUGUAACCUCCCGCCCUCCGUGGCCCUGGACUUUUCGGGGCCCCACCCCCUUUCCCAUCCUCAACUCGGCACCACGGAUUACUACGACACCGCAAUGCCCGAUGCCAGCAGCGAGAGCGCCGCGGCGAGGCCUCAGGACACGGACCUGUGGAACUUUGUCUACGGCACAACCGAAGCCCCGUUCCUGGGCUACGACCACGACUUUAUGGCGUGGUUGGAGAACAUGGACUUUGACGGGGUCAUUUGAUCUUUGAGUAUGAGGAGGAGCCUUGAAAUCUUGGAGUUGUUUUGUUUGUUUUUAGCGACAUUGUCAUGGAACUUCAGCAUAGCGUGGGUGUAGUGUUGUUGUUCUGGGGUCUGAUUUUCACUCGCGAAUUGAUCCGUCAAGUUCAAAACGUCGGCUGGUGGGCGCGUGAAAGAAUGGGUGUACUGCUGGAAGCAGGUUGUUGUUAACUCUAUUAUUAUAUUGUUUUGUUCUCUAUUGGACGACUCGGCCAUAAUGGAAGCCAGAUAUGUGAGCUAAACACAAAUAGGAAGGUAAAGGGAUUGUCCCUUGGUGCACACCGGAAAAUGAUGGGCGUUCGACACUGCAACGCCUUGUCCAGCAGCCGUCCGUAGCUCAAAACGAUAAUUAUCGCGCUUUGCGACCUAUGGUCGCCCCGUUUUUUUCA